AUGGUGAACUUGGCGGCUGCACUAAGAUCCUCGAUGCGCAUCAUCGUGGAAUCAACCGGCAGUGUUCAGCACACUGUAGAUAUCGAACCGGGAACCAGAAUCAAUUUCUGGUUACCGAAGAAAACCAGCGAUAAACCGGCCGUGUUACUCAUCCAUGGUUUCGCCGGCGACGGAGUGUUGACGUGGGGGUUACAGGUUCGCUCGUUAUCAAAGAGAUACUCUGUUUAUAUACCGGACUUGCUCUUCUUCGGAGGGUCAUACACCGAUAAACCGGACCGGUCACCGGAGUUUCAAGCCGAGUGUUUGGUUAAGGCUAUGCGUAUCCUCGGCGUGCAUGAGUUUGUCCCUGUCGGGUUUAGCUACGGUGGCGUCGUGGCGUUCAAUAUUGCGGAGUUGCAUGGGGACAUGGUUAAGGCUCUGGUGGUAUCAAGUUCGCCUCCGGUUAUGACGGAUUCGAAUGUGAACCGAUUUGGGUUUAAAUCACUGUCGGAUCUCUUGUUACCCGAGACGGUCGAGGGACUUGAGUUUCUUUUCUCCGUUGCAUUGCAUAAACGCAUUUGGCUCCCAAAACGGCCUUUAAAAGAUUACCUUAAGAUAAUGUUCACAAAUAGGAAAGAAAGAGCUGAACUCCUAGAAGCUUUAGUCAUCAGCAAGGACACUGCAAUCCCUAAUAUUCCUCAGAGAAUACAUCUUUUGUGGGGUGAAAAUGAUCGAUUCUUCGAUCUUGGAUUUCGGAAAGAUGUGCGAAUGUGA